CGACUUCAUAGAAAUUUUUCGGUUGAACGAGGGCGCACCGCACCGGCUCUUGAGUGAGUGACCGAAAAAGACGCACCGCGGCCGGCUUCACGUGCUCCUUUUUAUCGCUGCUGGCGUUUUGGGCAAUCAAAUUGGCUUAGAAAUGAUUCGAACGGCACAUUUGCUGUGCACUCUGCUGCUGUGCGCUGCUGCUGCCUUUACGCAUGCACAAAACGGUGGAGAUGAGUUCCCAACCGAGGUCGUCCCUCUAGAUGCCACCGUCAAGUACAACAUGAGGAAGAGUUUAGAUCUGGACCAGGAGGGCUGCUACCUGCAGGCCGGCAACAGAGAUUGUCUGCAGGAGUGCGGAUUUAACGCCACGGCCAAGACUAUCUUCAUCAUCCACGGCUGGACGAUGAGUGGUAUUUUCGAGGACUGGAUGCAGAAGUUGGUGGCGGCAGUCAUGCUGCGUGAGAACGAGGCUAACGUAAUCGUGGUGGACUGGAUCCCCAUGGCUCAACAACUUUACCCAGACGCCGUCAACCACACGCACACCGUCGGCCAGGACAUCGCUGCCCUUCUCGACUGGCUUCAGGAUGAGCUGCAGUUGCCUCUUGAGAAGGUGCACCUGAUCGGCUACAGCUUAGGGGCUCACGUAGCGGGCUACGCGGGAACGCACGUUCGAGGAUCCCUUGGGAGAAUCACGGGUUUGGACCCAGCCGGGCCGAUGUUUGAGGACGCGGAGGAGGAGGAGCGCCUCUCUCCAGGUGACGCAGAUUUCGUGGAUGUCCUCCACACGUACACCCGGGAAGCCCUGGGAGUAAGCAUCGGGAUCCAACGGCCAAUCGGGGAUGUUGAUAUCUACCCCAACGGUGGCAAAGUCCAACCCGGGUGCUCGCUAGGCGAAGUGCUAUCCGCUACCGGCGACUUCAUGGAAGCGGUAAAGUGCGAACAUGAGCGAGCCGUGCACCUUUUCGUCGACUCCCUGAUGAACCGGGACCACGUGAGCUACGCUUUCCAGUGCACCGACCCGGAUCGUUUCAUGAAGGGCAUCUGCCUGAGCUGCCGAAAGAACCGCUGCAAUAACAUCGGCUACGAGACCCGCAAGAUGCGCAAGAGACGCAACAGCAAAAUGUAUCUAAAGACUCGUGCGGACAUGCCUUUCGGAGGUUACCAUUACCAGAUGAAGAUGCACGUGUUCAACAAAAAGCAGGCUGACGACGCCGACCCGACCUUCUACGUUAAAUUGAUCGGAGCUCAUAACGACACCGAAGACAUUUUUGUUGAUGUCCACAACCAGCUCAUCGGACUGAACCAGACCAACACCUUCUUGGUGUUCACUGAGAAGGACCUCGGCGACCUGCUGAAGAUCCACCUGACUUGGGAAGGUGACGCCGAAUCCUUCCAUUCCGUGUGGAAGAACUUUAAGAAGAGCUUCUGGGCCUGGAAUCCCUCCCCUGCCAAACCUGUCCUGGAAAUCCGACGGAUUCGCGUGAAAGCCGGAGAAACUCAGAAGAAAUUUACCUUCUGUGCCCAAGACCCAUUGAAAAUGGAGAUCUCUCCCGGUGAAUCGUUAACAUUUGUCAAGUGUCGUGACGGUUGGGAAGUGAAACCGAGAAAACGGAUAGCCAUUUAAAACCCUGACACAUCUGCCAACUUGAUGCACCAUGGGGACACAACAUGGCUAAAGCGAGAAGCACUGCUUUCGCUUUAUCUGAGCACUUUUUUCAAAAAUGAGGAGGACUGAUUGGCGCACAGCGGGAGGGGAAUUUAGGUGUCGGACAUUUUCAAGCGCACCUGAAUGGUUGGUUCCUGGAAACUCUGAAAGGUCGCUCCAGCGUCGAGAGGCUAGGACUGAGGUCAAGCCGGUCUUUGAAAGACCACUCAAGAGUUACAGAAUGUUCCUUUAAGUGAGGUAGACUGUCAAUUGAACAUAUGCCAGCUAUUGUAGUUUCUGUACUGUACAUUUUUUUAAUGCAUCUUUUUUGUUUUAAUUUAUGGAAAACAAUUGAAGCACUGCAAGACCAAUGUUAUUUAUCAUAGCACAUCCCAUAAUAGUGUUGUAUGACCUACUAGAUGCAGUAAUUGUGUGUGUAUGGGGUGAUUGUGAUCAACAUGUGUGCCUUUUCUGCUGCUGAGUGAGAUUAUUGAUACACUGUAUAUUUGGAAGAGAUGCUAAUCUCAUUGCACAUGGCUGUUUUGUGCAGAGUGUUACUGUAUGUUCUGUGGGGUGUGUUUAUGUACAUAAUGUAAAUAACCUUUUGGAAAUUUAAUAAAUUCAUGUCGUUUCUAUUACAUUGCCGCCU